UGAUGAACGAGAGUACAGCUCAAGCUGAGAUACUAGCGAGUGUAGUUUCUGAUAUUACUUGCGGUUGGGCCAGGAACAGGAGACCGAGCAGGUGUGCGGCGGACAGGACAUGAUGUUAUAUACCUGGAUGUCGAGUCUGGCCAUGAUACGAGCGUGUGGAUGUUGCUUCGUCCCAGCAACCCAAACAAGGCGCAUGCAGGGAGGCGACAGCUUUCUUGCCAGGGUUCGGGUGCCAGGGACGUACCGGUACAUUCUCCAUCGAGCGACAAGGUCUCCCCCUUUAGCUCCGUCGACAGUCCGGUGCGGCAUCCCAGAGGUAGCAGUACUCGCCGUGGAACACGCUCGUGUUGCUCUUAGCUUACAGACACAAGGCCGUCUCCGGCACUCCAUACAAUCAAUAGUACGGCCACAAUCUCUUGGCAUCUCUCCAUAUGACGGACGACGGGAGCAGCCAUGGCAGCGGCAGCACCUCUCUCUUCACAGCGCUUUAGAGUAAAGGCAUGCAGGUAUACUUUUUGCUGGCAUGAGCGGAAACAGGGA